CCGGCAACCGAGUCGCUCUCUGCGCGGAGUUAGCGUUUCUUUCCCUCAAUGCCAUAGAGCUGGCGGCCCAGGAGGAACUGCAGAGUCAAGAAAAUAUCUGCAACACACCUCUGUCGAAUGGUGACUGUACAAGAACAUCUUCUGGAAUCUUUGAGAGAAAUGGAAUAGGUAUUCAUACCACUCCUAAUGGGAUUGUCUACACAGGAAGCUGGAAAGAUGACAAGAUGAAUGGUUUUGGAAGGCUUGAGCAUUUUUCAGGAGCAGUGUAUGAAGGACACUUUAAGGACAAUAUGUUUCAUGGAUUGGGGACUUAUACAUUCCCAAAUGGGGCAAAGUAUACUGGAAACUUCAAUGAAAAUAGGGUGGAAGGUGAAGGACAAUAUACUGAUACUCAAGGACUAGAAUGGUGUGGUAACUUUCAUUUUACUGCUGCUCCGGGCCUGAGACUAAAGCUCCACAUGUAGUAUAUUCUGCAUUAAAGUUUUAAUGUGGUAACUGAAACUUUUAGGUAUAAGGAAAACUUAGUCAUCUGAAAUAUCUUCAUAUACUACCUCUAUAUCAUAAUUUUGCCAAUAAAACCAUCUCUCAACGUC